CUCCCGUGAUGCCGCGCGCCCCCUGGCGGCGCGGGCGGCGGCCGGAGCGGCGGGGAUGAGCGAGGAGGGGGCGGGCGGGGCCCGGCGGAGCGGCGGCGCCUUCCCCAGCCUGGAGCAGAUGGUGGCCGCCAGCCCCGGCAAGACGCCCAUCAGCCUCCUGCAGGAGUAUGGGACUCGCUUAGGCCGCACCCCCGGCUACGACCUGCUCAAGGCCGAGGGCCAGGCCCACCAGCCCAACUUCACCUUCCGUGUCACCCUCGGGGACAUCAGCUGCACCGGACAGGGUCCCAGCAAGAAGGCGGCGAAGCACAAGGCGGCCGAGGUGGCCCUGAGGCUGCUCAGAGGGGGGGGGGCCAUGCUGGAGCCCCUGGAGCACAGCUCUCCGUUCCCCCCGGAGCCCCCGGCAGAGCCCGGCCCCGCCGCGCCCCCCCCGGCCCCCGCCGCGCCCCCCCCCUCGCCCAGGGGCCCCCCCCUGGAGAUGAAGGCGCCGGUGUCCCCCCCCCAGGCCGAGUGUAACCCCGUGGGGGCGCUGCAGGAGCUGGUGGUGCAGAAGGGCUGGCGCCUGCCCGAGUACACGGUGACGCAGGAGUCGGGCCCGGCGCACCGCAAGGAGUUCACCAUGACCUGCCGCGUGGAGCGCUUCGUGGAGAUCGGCAGCGGCACCUCCAAGAAGCUGGCCAAGCGCAACGCGGCCGCCAAGAUGCUGGUGCGGAUCCACAACGUGCCCAUGGAGCCGCGGGACGGCAGCGAGGCCGAGGGCGAGGAGGACCAGUUCAACAUGACGUGCCCGCGGCUGGAGGGGCUGCGGGGCCGCGCCCCCGGCUGCACCUGGGACUCGCUGCGCAACUCGGCGGGCGAGAAGCUGGGCCAGCUGCGGAGCCGGGGGGCGACCCCCGCGCCGGGCGGGGCCUGCGCGCUGCUGCAGGAGCUCUCGGAGGAGCAGAGCUUCGCCAUCAGCUACCUCGACAUCGACGCGCUGAGCCUCAGCGGGCUGCACCAGUGCCUGGUGGAGCUCUCCACGCAGCCGACCACCGUGUGCCACGGCGCUGCCCCGUCCCGCGACGGCGCCCGCGCCCAGGCCGCCCGCAACGCGCUGCAGUACCUGCGCAUCAUGGCCGGGGGCAAGUGACCCCCGCCCGGGGGGCUACUGAGCCCCGCCCGGGGGCCACUGAGCCCCGCCCGGGCCCCGCGGCUCGCUCAGCAGCGCUCGGACCUCGGGACGCGGCGCCCACCCGCGGCCGCCCGGCCUCUGGACGCGGCCACCGCGCUGCCCCCGCUGCGGGUGGAUGGACAGACGGACCUCAGGCCCCGGGGUCUCCCUCCCCCCUCCCCGUUCCGGAGGGUCCCCGGUGCCAUCGGCCCCCCAGGAAUAAAAGCUGGGGGGGUUUGUA